UUGUGGGGAUGGGGGGCCUGGGUGCACACACGUGUAGGUGCCCUCGAACGCCGGAAGAGGCCACUGAGUCCCUGGCACUGGCACGCUUGUGAGGUACCCUGUAUGUGGGUGCUGGAGUCCUCUGGGGGCCGAGCAAGUGCUCGAGGAGCCAGCCCCUUGGUCAUUGGUAAGUUGGUGUGCAUUCGUUGUAUUCAUGGAGGGGUUUGCUUCACUAAUGGCGUGGUCUGCGUCGCUGCCUCGCUAAGGUUCGCUCUCCUCCCACCGACGGUCAUUCUCUCACGGCCUUUGUAUGUUGGUGAGCCAGACUGCAUAUGGGAGGGAAGCAUGCGGUGAGUCCUGAAACUUAGUCUUUGCAUAGCCCAAAGGCCGGUCUGCCCGCGUCAGGGGAGGAAGCAGGGUUCAAAGAGCACCUGGCCUAGCACCCCCGGCUGACAGAUGAGACUAUUCAACCCUCCGAGCACCGGCCCAUCAUGCUCCCGUUACCGCUUCUGCUUUCCAACUCGGGCCUGUCUCGCUGCACCGUAGCCACAGGCCCUGCACCUAGGAGCCUCUGGUUGUCAUUCUCAGCCCCAAACCUCUGGCUGAGUCCCUGAGCCGGACUCCCUUUCUCAGAAUCACACCCUUUCCGACAGCCACCUCUACCCUGUGCUGUCUGCUGCCAGCAUGCACCAGGCCCUUGGCUUCCCUUAGGCUAUGGAAGAGUGGUCUCCAGAGCAGUGGAGGGACCCGGAGGGACCGGGAGGGAUCUGGACGGUGGUGCUCCGGGCAGCGGCCGGCUCAGUGCCUCAGCGGUUCAGAAAGUUCCUCACACCGUACCAUGUGACCCAUCCAACAAGGGGCAAAGGAGGGGCUGCUGGCUUCCGGUCUCUGCCUGUCCCGCUUUGAAUGGCUUCCCAGUGUGUGUGUGUUCCUGGUAGUCCCUGCACCUUUGUUUUGGGUGUGUACUUUGGGGGAGGGGGGUUAGUUUUUGGUUUUUCGACACAGGGUUUCUCUUCUGUGUAGCCUUGGCUCUGUCGAUGUGUAGACCAGGUUAGCCCCGAACUCCCAGAGAUCCGCCUGCCUCUGCCUCCCGAGUGCUGGGACUACAGCCUAGGCCACCGUGCCCGGCUGUGCGUGUGCUUUUGAGGCGCACGUGAUGUGCGGAUUGCGUUUUCCUGUGUGCUGAGCGGGCAGACUGGGUCUGUGGGUCUAGCGUGUCCGUGGAAGUCUCGGCAACGACUUCCCCGCUGGGGCGUUUCCCGCGCCUUUCCAAGGAAUCGGGUGUUUUCCGUGGCCCCCGGGUCUUGCAGGGGCUCUCGGAGGACGGUGGCCGGGCCGGCCCCUCUCCAGCGGCCACAUGUGGGGACAUGUGCUCGCCCCCACCUGCACGCACCGCUCUCGGGCAAAAACGUGCGCCUGGGCACCUGGACGGCGGCCGCCGGGCUCCGCCUCCGCGCGGCUUCCUCCUCGGAAUUUCCAGCGCUCGGGCCCCGGGCCCGCCCCGGCCCGCCCCCUCCCGCCUCUAUAACCGGCGCCGGCGCGCGGGGCCGCCACACUCCGCCUGAGCGCGCAGGAUGUGCCACGCGCGCAGCCAUCUCCACGCCAUGACCGGCCCCGGGGCCCCCGCUCCCUCCACCGGCCCCGGCCUCCGGCGGGCCUCCGGCCCCGAGAUCUUCACCUUCGAGCCCCUGCCGGAGCCGGCGGGAGCGUCCCCCGCGCGCCUCGGCCCUUCCCGCGCCCACCGAAAACGCAGCCGGAGGGUGCUCUACCCUCGAGUGGUCCGGCGCCCGCGCCCGAGCGAGGAGCCCAGCGUCGCCAAGAGGGCCCUCUUCCUCCUGCUCGCCGUGGUCUUCUGCCAGAUCCUGAUGGCCGAAGAGGGCGUGUCGCAGCCCCUGGCCCCGGAGGACGCCCCGGGCGCCGCCUCCCCCGAGCCCGCCUCCGCGCCCCCGGCCCUCGCGCCCCUGAACCUGACCUCGGAGUCCUCCUCGGACUACGCUCUGGACCUUAAAGCCUUCCUUCAGCAACACCCAGCGGCCUUCUGAGGGCGACGGGUCGCAGUCCGAAACCAGAAGCGAGAGGCACCAGGCGUACGGUGCGCGAGUAUCCCAAACUGGGACUUCCAAGGCAGCGCGACUCCACACUACCCAGCCUGGGGCCGGCGGGCGGCCGGGCCCGGCGGGAGGACAGGCUUCCCGGGCCCUGACUCUUAUUUAUGUAUUUAUGUGUGUCCUCCCAGGCGAAGGGGGGCCGUGUGGAAUAUUUAUUUUAACUUAUGCGGGGGUGCGAGCUAUGCCCCUUGCCGUGACUCGGGUAUUAUUUAUUAGGAUUUCUAGGGUCGGGAGACAGCGGUGGGAGGGCGGGCCUGGACCGGUGCUAGGACCCCAGCGUGCGGACUGCUCUUGUGGUGGGCGCCGGCUUGGGGGGGCGCUGUCUGCCAGCUCCUCGACUCUGUCGUCUGUGGCAAGGCUUCGGCGGGCCCCUGGGAAUGCGGCCCGCGGUCCCGGUCGCGCUCAGGGGCGGCCGCGGAGCCCUGGGCCGUGGAUUGCCGGAGGCGGCUCUCGGGGGCCGCCAGUAUGUUCUGUGAACACGAAUAAACUUGAUUGCCUUGUCAUUACGA